ACACUCGAAAGUCAACAACUAACAAGAACAAAAGUGGUGUUGUUGCAAUAAAAUAUUGCUUAUGCAAUAAGGCGGGUUUUAAAGAGAAGCGUAAGACAAAAAAUGAGGAUAAGCCCAAAGAACAGGAGGAUGGAAAAGCUACUACUAGAAAAAGGUUGGUGACAAGAGUGGGGUGUAAAGCUCAGUUAGUUCUUAAGAUUCGGGAAGAAGGUGGAUAUUUUGUGAAAAACUUCUAUGAAGGACACACCCACCCUCUUUACACACCCAGUUGUAGAAAAUUUCAGAAGCAAGGUAGAAAAAUGACAAUUUUGCACAAGAAGUUCGUAGUUGACAAUUCAAAGUUGAAUAUUGGGCCAACAAAAAGUUUUAGAAUCUUAAAAGAGAAUGUUGGUGGAUAUGACAAUAUCGGAGCUUCAAAGCAAGAUUUCAAGAAUUUCUCAAGAGAUCUAAAAGCAUAUAUUGAUGGCUCUGAUGCUCAAAUGUUUAUGGACAAUUUUAAAAUGAAAAAAUUGCUUUGGGGUGCCUUCUUUUAUGACUUUGAGGUAGAUGAUGAGCAAUGUCUUACUAAGGCUUUUUGGGCGGACCCCAUUUGUAGGAAAAACUAUGCUUUGUUUGGGGAUAUGGUCUCCUUUGAUACCACUUAUGAGACUAACCGGUACAAUAUGGUCUUUGGGCCUUUUACCGGUGUCGAUCACCAUAAAAGAUGUAUCACAUUUGGUGCCGGUUUCACUGCCAAGGAAGACAUAAGCUCCUUUGAGUGGUUGUUUACCACUUUCUUGAAGGCAAUGGGAAAUAAUGAACCCACUUGUUUGAUAACGGACCAAGAUCCGGCGAUGAAAGUUGCAGUGAGGAAGGUGUUUAAAAAAACAGAGCAUCGGUUUUGCAUGUGGCAUAUAAUGGAGAAGGUGUCGCUCAAAAUGGACCGAGAUCUUCUUAAAGAAACUGACUUUCAUGAGAAGUUACGUUUAUGUGUGUGGGACCUAGGAUUGGAGCCUUUAGAAUUUGAAGAAAAAUGGAAUAAACUGAUUGGUGAGUUUAAGUUGGAAACACAUGAGUGGCUAACUGAGUUGUAUAAGAUAAGAAAGCUAUGGAUCCCUGCUUAUUUUAGAGAUUUAUUCUUGGGUGGGAUCAUGAAGACAACUUCAAGGUCGGAAAGUGAAAAUCAUUUCUUUACCUCCUUCACUAAUCCCCAUGUUACUCUUGUAGAGUUCUACAUGCGCUUCGAAACUGCAAUGGAUUCACAAAGACACUCACAAGCUGAAUUUGACAAUGACUCCAAGAAUAAAUUUCCAGAAUGCAAGACACCAUUACUCAUUGAGAAGCAUGCUUCAGAGGUGUUUACUUGCUCUAUAUUUUAUCAGGUUCAAGAGGAGGUGUAUAGUGCUUGUUUUUCUUGUGGGAUUGAAGAGUUCAGAAGAGAAAAUGACUUGGAAAUUGCCAAGAUAAAUGAGGUGAAUCGUAAAAGAACUUUUGAGGUGGUGUUUAAUAACACCAAUUAUGAAACGAAUUGUUCAUGCAAGAUGUUUCAGAGACAUGGCUUACCUUGUAGGCAUAUGGUUUGGGUAUGGAAGGCAAAGAACAUAACCAUGAUUCCCGAUAAAUAUGUUCUUAACAGAUGGACUACAAUGGCAACAAAAAAGCCAAUCUUUGACUUGGAAGGAAAUAUUUUAGACCAAUGCACUAGAUUGGUGGACAAGAAGAAAACUUUGAAUGAGUUAUGGUCUGAGAUCUAUAGUUGUGUAAGUGUGGCUGAGCAAAAUGAAGAAGAUCUCACUGAACUUGUUAAAAACCUUCGCGACUUGAGAUUGGACAUGGAGGCCAAAAAGAGUGCAAACAACACUCGUAGCAAAACACAAGACAUAGAGCUCCUAAUUGGAUCAGUGGCGCCUAGUGAAAUAACCAUCAAACCUCCAAAGAUAUCAAGUAACAAGGGUAGUGGCACUAGAAGUGGGAAAAGGAUAAAGGGAGAGAGAGAGAAGGCCAUUGAGCAACAUCAAAAGAAAAAGAGGCUAUGUAGCGCUUGCGGAGAGCUUGGAUACCAUGACCUUCGGAAUUGCCCGUCAAAGAUAUCUUCAUGAUCUAAGAGAUGGCUUCAAUGUACAUCACUAAUAUCUUCAAUGUACAUCACUAUGCAAUAUAAAAAGAGAAAGUGUGGAGGGGCCUGAAUCCACUUAUGUUCAUAUUUACACUUAUCGCUAAUGUUGCCUACAUUGGAAGCUUCUUGGUUGCCAUGGACCUCUUUCACGACAUGCAGCCGGAAGAGCUUUUCUAACAAGUGCUACCGCCACUGCAUAAGAGACUUGAAACUUAGAAAUUACUUUUGCUAUCAAUUAAGAUUGGAAUAUUUUUGGUUGUAGUUUUCUGUUUUUGUUGCUUCCUAAGACUAUUGCUAACCUGUUAAAUUUACCAGUUCCAUAUACCAUAUGCUCUUUGGAUGCUAUGUAAUGGAUCUAGAUGAAGCAUUUUUUUCUGUUAAGAAUUUUUAUAGGCGUAUAGCAACACCAAAUGUCAAACUAGAGUUCGACAACAAUUCUAUAAUUAGCGGAACUGAGUUGUGUCUUGAAUUAAUUGUAUACAACUUGGGGCGAAAAAAAAGGUGACAAAGUUUGAGGCUGAA